AUGGUCAAUCUACGUCAAUUCGUAUUCUCCAUCUUCACCACAAAUUGGACGCAACAAGAACCUGAACACAAAUCAUUCGUUAUUGUAGGUGCUGGAAGUGCUGGAUUGGCCAUGUUGAAGACGUUGUCCGACUUCCCAGCUGCUAGAAGGGGAGAGUGGGACGUGAGUUUGUUUGAGCAACGGCGAAAUGUUGGGGGCAUCUGGUUGCCCGAGCUGGAGACGGCCCCUCCACCGUCCCUUCCCGAAACACCCCUAUAUCCUCGCUUACACACCAAUACACCAGUGCCGACAAUGACUUAUCCAGGCUUUCCCUUUGAGGAAGGGACGCCACUUUACCCCAGCCACGAAUAUAUCGAGGACUAUCACCAACGGUAUACGGACUAUCACAACCUGACGAGUCUUAUUAAAUUCCACCAUACCGUUGUUGCCGCUUCUUGGGUUGGUAGUCCCGCAGUCGGCAGGUGGAAUAUCACCUAUCGCGACCAUCUGAACAAUACGCGGCAUAAGAUAGCUGAUCACCUCGUGGUGGCUACCGGAAACAACCACUACCCGCAUAUUCCACACUGGCAAGGAGAGGAUGAUUGGCUCGCUAGUCAUACCAUUGGUAAACCUCGACGCGAGCUUUUACACACCAUUUGGUACCGCGAUCCGCUGAAAUACGCCAAUUUAACGGUGCUAGUCGUUGGGUAUCGCGCUAGCGGCAGUGAUGUCGCCAAGCAAGCGCUUCCUAUAGCCAAGAAGGUUUAUGUUUCUUUACGAAGCCCAAUAGACCCCUCUCAGGGUGAUAUUCCUGAGGAUAUUCACGUCGUGCCCCAGAUAUCUCACUUCUCGGCGCGAGGAAUAACUUUGGCCGACGGCCAGUUCCUAGACGAUGUCGACGCCGUUGUAUUAGGAACUGGGUACGAAAAUAAAUUCCCAUUCCUUGACAUUGGAGGAACAAUCGUGACGGAUCCCGCCGCGCAUUCCAACGACACGUACAAGCAAGGCCUUGUGACCAACCUUCGCUACGUAUUCCCCUUGCACAAGCACAUACUGUCCUUGUGCCCUUCUUACCCACCCACCGCGCUUGCGUUCAUCGGCCUCCCCAUCUUCACGGCAAACUGCAUUUCUGACACUGCGCAGAGUUUGUACGCCGUCCACGCAAUUCUAAACCCAAAAUUACUUCCCUCGCGGGAGGACAUGCUACAGGAGCUGUUUGAAUACGAAGAUGAUUUACGUCGUCGAGGGUUUGAUCCAUACAACGUUGGGCACCGCCAGCUGAACGGGUCCUCAAACGAUUAUAUGGAUUCCCUGAUUGAUCAUCUGAAGCAGAAGGGUGCACUGCCGAACGACGGUAGAAAGUUCAUUGAACCAUGGAGACGCGCGCAGCUCAACCACGAGUACUUGAAAAGAGGCUGGCUGCGCGUUGAAGAACUCGGGAUCCAGGACCGGUGGUUGCGUGGUGUAAAAACGGAGGCAGAGUGGGCGGAUAUGAUGGAACGGUUGAACGCCUGGCAACGCAAGUGGGAAACAGGCAGUAGCUCAUGA